AUGCGCUCGAACGAAACGCUGCCGCUAAUCCUGCUGUCGCUUGCGUUCGCGUCGCACGGAUGUGGUUUCAGCAAACGCAAAAUGCAUACGCAUCGGAAAAAUGAUGGCGACAAGUGCACUUGCGCAACCCCGACACGCUACAAUUCCCCGGCGGACUCCAAUCGCACCGUUGACCCUCACUGCGAGUGCGACUCGUCUGGCUUCGGGGUGGUGCGGAAGAGACCGUACAACGGCCUCGAGAGCAGCGGUGCGAUUCACGUGGACUUGACGUCCGCGUGUGUCAGAUGCACCAUGUGCACGGCUAUCGCAGACGAGAUUAACGAAACUCUAUUCGAGAUUCACGAUGCAAUGGGGCCGGAUGACUUGCUGACCGAUACGCAGGCUGUUUUCCUACUGAGAAAUAUUUGCGAUCUAUCCUUUCGACACUACGGUUUGCGAGAGAUUGACGGUGAACGAUUUAUUUCUGACCCUCUACCAGGCGACAGACUUGUUCUCUCGUCUGCUGAUGGAUUAUGGGAAAAAAGCUUGAGAAACAUGUGUCACGAGUACCUUGACGAGAUACAAGAGCCACAGUUAUACAGAAAGUGGUUGGAGUGGUGCGAGGAAGACGAGUAUUUGCCCGAUCUGGAGGAUAUCCUUUGCAGGAACGAGGUCAGCACUCUACGGGAUUGCAGGGGCAUGGCUAGCGUGCAUAAGCGGCAUAUGCCUUCAAAGGAUUACAGUGUUCAUAUGAAGAUCCUGGCUGAAUGUCACAAGUGUGGAUAA